AUGGGCGUCGGUGCCUCGCAUCAAACAAAACUCGAGCGUGAGUUCGGAGACAUCGGAGAUGGCGAUGGACAGGAGAGGUUCUUCGGCCUCGAGAACUUUGGCAAUACCUGCUACUGCAACUCCGUGCUGCAGGCGCUCUACUUUUGCGAGCCGUUGCGACAUCAUCUCGCGCAAGUACGAGAGGAAGACACGAGUGGCGGCGGCAGCGGAGACGGCAGUAGUAGUGGCGGGGGUGGGGGUAGCGGGGGCAGCGGCAAGACCGUUCUGUCGGAGUUGGCGGAGCUAUUCUCGUCCAUCUCCAACCAGAAGCGGCGGUCUGGCCACCUGGCGCCGACGGAAUUCCUCCGCACCCUGCGGGAGCGCAACGAGCUCUUCCGUGGGAACAGGCAGCAGGAUGCGCACGAGUUCUUCAACUUCGUGCUGAACGAGAUGGCGGAUAGUGUGGUGGCUAGGAGGAAGCUGCGGGAGGAGGCGGCCACCGUUCAGGAGCACAAGCAGCGCUUCCAACAAAACGGAAGCCAUCACCACCGCCAGACACACGGCAGCAACGGCAACACCCAGACGAAUUCUUCCCAGCAGCAGCAGCAGCAGGAUCCGCGACGGUCUUCCACCUGGUCCAAGAUGUCCUCCUUCAAGGGCAGCUUCGGGAACGGGCUGAAGAACGCCUCGCAGCCGGCUUCUGCGGAGGGAGCGGCCCCAGCGGCGACACCAUCGGUAGCACCGGCAGCAGAUUGCACAGCUCCAUCGGCCGCGGUAGGGGGGCACGCGGGCGGGAUGUCGGGCAGCGACCCCGGGGAGGGGGAGUCGGCGGCGGGGGUUGAUGGUGGUGGCGGCAACGCGCGUGGCAACCGGAGAACAAGCGAUGGGGCUAACGAAUCUGGCGGGGAGACGUGGGUGCAUCGGAUAUUUCAGGGGGUUCUCACGAACCAGACCAAGUGCCUCUGUUGCGAGACGGUGAGCAAUCGAGACGAGCCGUUCAUGGACCUGUCCCUGGACGUGGAGCAGAACUCGUCGGUGUCGGCGUGCCUGAGAAACUUCAGCAGCACGGAGACUCUCACCAAGAAGAACAAGUUUUUCUGCGAGACCUGCUACGCUCUGCAGGAGGCCGAGAAGAAGAUUCGGCUGAAGCGACUGCCGCGAGUCCUGACGCUGCACCUCAAGCGCUUCAAGUACGUGGAGUCGCUGGAGAACUUCUCCAAGCUAUCGCACCGAGUCGUGUUUCCCCUCGAGCUGCGGACACCCAACAUGACCGACGCCGCCGGCGAGGCGGACGCGGACGGCCGGCUUUACAGGUUAUUCGCUGUCGUAGUACACAUUGGCCGCGGCCCCAACCACGGACACUAUGUGGCGGUGGUGAAGUCGGGAGGUCGCUGGCUGCUCUUCGACGACGAGAUUGUCGAGCUCGUUAACGAACAGGUGCUCAAGCAGUGCUUCGGACUGGCACGCCCAGCCUCAGCCGCCACCAACACCGGGUACCUGCUACUGUACGACUGCGGAGAGUGA